AUUUCUCAAUCCCACUUGAAGCCAGUGCUUUUCAGUCAACUGUGUGGUUUAGGUGUCUCAAUUUCUCUUUCCCUUCGUAUUAUUACUGGACAUCGAUGAUUCCAAGGCUAACAUGCUAUCCUUCCACUUCUUAAACCAACUGAACUAUGAGUGUGGAUGCAGCCAGGACCUUGCGUGUUUGUUACUACAGCACAACUUGCAAAAAUUCUGUUGGGACAUUCUGGCCUUUCCUCAGGGCCAUACCUAAUUGGCUGAGACAAUCUUUGAUCUCUUUAAUUCUGAUCCAGGCUCAGAGGGCUCAUUCGGAGCAAGGAGAGGCAGACCUCAAAGCACCUGUGGAAAGCCAGCAGCAUGAGAUUGAAUCCUGGACCCUAGAAUUAAGGGCUAUGAUGGAGAAGCUGGUGAAAUCCAUCAGCCAACUGAAAGACCAGCAGGAUGUCUUCUGCUUCCGAUGUAAGACCCAGACCCCAGUGAGAAUACCCUCUUUGGGCGCCCUUCAGACCAGACAGCAGCAGCUUUUGCAAGAAAUUCUCAGUGAACGGGACUAAAGGAGAAAGGAGGUGCUGGAUGCCUCCAAAGCACUGCUAGGCCAAUUAAUCACCCUAAUUAAUGGAAGGUCCAGCAGCAAAACACCUGCAUUGGAGCCCCCCUGGACGAUGGGUUGGAUCAGCUGGAGAAGUGUUCACAGCUGGAGGAAAGUUGUUGUUUCACCUGAAUCAGCUGCUGAAGGAACUCAGUUGCCUGGUUAGCUAUCAGGAUGACCUUCUGACUAAAGGGGUGGACCUGUGGAAGGCCCCAUACACAGAGUUGCUUUUAGAUCUGUUCCUAGCCUUUGUGGUAGAAACCCAGCCCUAUGUUUCCUAAACUCCCCAUUGACCCCUCAUCCUCAAGACGGGGAGGAAGUUCACUGUCCAGACGAGGCUGCUGAUGAGAUUCCAGGAAG